CACGACAUGGAUUAUGAUCGUUUGUAAUUGUAAUAAUAAAUGUGCUACACUUCAGUCAAGAUAGUUUCUUAUAUAAAUAGAAUAUGUAACACAUAUUUUUGUGUAUGCUAGAAGCAUACAUAAAAUGUUUAAAUGUUACACAAUAAAUCAUAAAUUAUUCAUACUGAUAAGAAAUGUUGAUAAAGAGAUUACAAAUCAGUGAAAAUGGCAGAAUUAAUAGCGAAUUUAAAAGUAGUACGGGAUAAAAUUAAUGUUGCUUCUGCUAGAAGACCAUUAGAAUACAAGUAUUUUGAGCCUCGUUUAGUAGCUGUGAGUAAAUUUAAACCAGUUGAAUUAAUUGUCGAUGCAUAUAAAGCUGGUCAAAGACAUUUUGGAGAGAAUUAUGUCAAUGAAUUAGCAGAAAAGGGGAAUCAUUCAAGUAUUUUGGAAAUGUGUACAGAUAUAUGUUGGCAUUUUAUUGGUCAUCUUCAACGUAAUAAAAUAAACAAACUAUUAACUACUCCAAAUUUGUAUAUUAUUGAAACAGUAGAUACUGAAAAAAUUGCAUCAGCAUUAAAUGCUGCUUGGUCUAAAUGUAGAACACAUGAAAAUUUGAAAUUAAAAAUAAUGGUACAGGUCAAUACUAGCAACGAGCAAGAGAAGAGUGGUUGUGAAAGAACACAAGUUUGUUCUCUUGUUCAAUAUAUUAUUGAUAACUGUACAAGCUUAGAAUUUGUAGGUCUUAUGACAAUAGGUAUGUUUGGAUAUGAUGUCACUAAAGGACCAAAUCCUGACUUUUUGUGUCUGAAAGAAUGUAGGGAAGAAGUAUCAAAAGAAUUAGGUAUUGAUUCAAAGAAGAUAGAAUUAUCAAUGGGAAUGUCAAGUGAUUAUGAACAUGCGGUUGAAUUGGGAAGUACCAAUGUUAGAGUUGGUACUGCUAUAUUUGGAGAAAGGCCAAAAAAGGAUAUCUCAUAAAAUACAUAUUCCUUGUGUAAUUACAAAUAUAUUGUUUAAUAUUAUUAUAUAUUAAACAUUAAAAACAUGUCUAUAUGAUAUUGGAACAUUAUUGCAGAUACGUUAUGAUGAUGAUAAGUUGGCCUCUAUUUGUUAGUUUUUUGUUGUCAUAUAAAGAAAUGAUACGAUAUUCAGUUAAACUAAUUUGGACGAAGUGCGUAUCAUUGUUUGCUUGUUUCUAUCAUGAAUGCUCGAAAGUUUGAAUUAUUUCCAUUGUUAUUUAAUGGGUACAGGCGAUUGAUUUCCUACCGAGUUUUUAUUUAGAGCUAAUAAAUUUGGAUUGAAUAUAAUUGACCGAUUGUUAAUUGUGCGAAUCAUGUAAUAGUUCUUAUGAUGGUUGGAGAAAAAUUGAUUUAGAUUUAAGAAGAACGCGAUGAUUUUAAGAAAGAGAGUAGGAAUGGAAAUAAUCGAAUAAGGUUUGGAAGGCUGAUAAUGACAUUGUUUGUUUCUAAAAAUUGCAGUUUAAGCAUAUUUGUAACUUGAUGCUAGUUUAUUUUGUAGGAGCACUUUGUGUUGUAAGAUGAUUAUAUAACAUUUUAUUAAAAAUAUUACGUUACAUUAAA